GAUCCUGAAAUCAAGGGCUGUGCCUUCCACUUCGGCCAGGCAUUGUGGCGAAAAUGCCAGGAAAUCGGUCUAAGGACAGCCUAUGAGAGUAGGGAUGGAGUCUACUUCAACUUCAACUUCAACGGGGAUACUCGACAAAAUCCACUACGUAGACAUCGACGUCGAGGGCAAGUGUAUGUACAUCGGUGUAGGGCGAAGUGUUCCGACAAGUAUUAAAAUUAUUAUCAUGGUAUAAAAAAAAAUUCGUCUACACCGUUAUGUGCGGAUAAAAUAGUCAGAAGACUAACAUGUUUUUACACUGUACAAAGACAAUGUCCCUUUAUAUAUAUGAUGGUACUACAGGUACAAGCUGGAUGGUGGUUUUAAAUAUAUCCAGGCUUGCAGCCGAAACGCAGGAUUCUGGUAGCUUAUUCCAAGUAAUGAUAGUUCUCGGGAAGAAUGAAUAUUUAUAUACAUCAAGAUGCUCCGGAAGACCUUCGCGCUUCCUCUUAAUUCUGCCUGCAGCUGACAUCCGCCCCGCUUUCGAUAAAAUCAGAUAAAACGGUCAAAGCGACCAUGUAGCCCCCUUCUUCACAUACGUGGAAAAAACAUGGAUGUAUUAACAGCGAUUGGCGGUCAAAAACUGGUCGGUGUACGGCCGAUCAGUAUGAAUUAUUAAUGACGUUGAGGGGUGGCACAACCGCCUUAACCGCCGGACAAAAAAGGGUUUCCUGUCAUUCUACCUACUGAUCACACUGCUCUUCAAACAAGCGACCGUAGUGUCAUAGCAAUACGCUGAUAAAAGAAAAAAAGUUAAAAAAUAUAUCAGAGUAAGCAAACACGUGCCACCCAAGGGCGUUUAUGGGCGGCCCGGGACCGCUACGGAUGUGUACUAUUUGCAGGACGGGGAACGGGUUGUCAGGCGGUAAGAAAGAAAAUGGGGAUGACUUUGUUAAAGGCGCCCGAAUACACAUGAAUCACCCAGCAAAUCCCGGUCUUCUCACUGCUGUUCAGAAAGCGAAAGAGUUCAAGUUCUUCGAAGUGAAUGAUAUUCACUGCUUUGUGAUGUUUGUCAUGAAGUCCACCGAAAAUGAUGUUACAGCUUGUGGGACCAGAAGUGUUGCAAAGUUCCUCAUUGGCAAUCAAGUCUUCAGAAUGGCAUUCAAGCAAUUUUGUAUAAAAUUCAACUCUGCAAGAGUAGUUCAGAAAAGUGCCAAACCUAGUGAGAACAACUGUGGAUCUGCUGAUUAUGUUGCAAGCUCUUCAGACUCAAAAAUUGAGAUUAACAAUAUAAACAGCAGUUUUUGUUGCUCUGAAGAUAAAUCUAAGACAAACAAUCAGGUACAAAAUGGAGAAAAGGUACCACCUGGGUUGCAAAGUGCAUCAGUUCUGUGCCAGAUAUUUGAAUCAAAGGGUAUUCAUGGUUUUGUGAUGUUUGCAAUGACGUCCUCCCCAGCAAAAGUAAUUGGCUGUGGAACCAGCCUUGGUGCGAAGUUUCUUGUUGACAACCCCAACAUUGGACAAGAAUUCAGGAGGUUCUGUACAAAAUGGAAUGGUGCAGCCGUUUUUGAGGAAGAUGUCAGCCGUAGUGAGGCUAACAGUUGCACAACUGAUAUAACUUUUGGCCAUUCAGACUCACAAGUUGAGAUUAAUAAUUUACUAAAAAGUGUUUGUUCCGCUGAAGAUAAAAGAAAUAGAGAGUCAGCUACAGCAAGUGCAAAACAGGCUUGCAACAUUCAGUUACAAAAUGGAGAUCAGAUUUCAGUUCCAUCCAUUACAACUGACGCGGAAAAUAUUCAUCAAGACAGCUCUGAAACGAAUGAAGCAAUAUUAGAACAGUUCAUUGAUGAGGAAGCAGGCACAGACUCACGCACACAAUGUCAUAUUUGUGGUAAAAGCUUCUUUUCAAAGUAUGGGUUAACCAUUCAUCUCAAACGAGUCCACACCGAAAAGCGAUACCCAUGCACAUUAUGCUAUAGAUCAUUUAGUUAUCUGUCCGACUUGGUUAGACACAAACACUUUCAUAAUGAUCGUUACAAAUGCCAAUUCUGUUACAAGAAUCUCCAUUCACUACGUUCAUUGAAAGACCACGAAAACCAACACACGAAGAAAGAUAUAUAUUUAUGUGAUAAGUGCGGCGCGGAGCUUUAUAGUGAACUGUCAUUUUCAGAACACAAAAAAAAGAGCUUAUGUAAUAAAAAUUUAGUGAACCGCAAGAAUCACCGUGAUUUUAAUUGUUUUUACUGUGCUGACACAUUUCAAGGUGGGUUUAGAUAUGGUAAACACUUACUUGAUAACCAUGCGGACAUUGCUCUUUCGGAUGGAAGUCCAUACAUAAAGAAAUGUCAUAUUUGUAAUAAAGCUGUUUUGCGAUGUAAAUUACAACACCACAUUGAAGAGCACAACCGCGUGAAACGCUUCGAUUGUGUUGUCUGUGGAAAACGAUUGAGCAAUAAAAGGUACUUGUCAUUGCACAUGGGUAAGAAACACAACAUUGAAAAGAUUCCAUGAAGUGUUUGUUCGCAGUCAUUCGUAUGUAAUGUGAAAUGAAAUUACGCAUGUCAUAAAAGCACCUGCGCGAUUGAAACAUCGAAAAAAGAAGACGUUACCAGCUAUUGACUGAUAUAAGAAUAUGAUUUAUUCUCUGACUGAAAAAAUUGAAAGUGCAGAGUUGACUUUGUGCAAAAACCAACACGUGUUUUGCUGCAUGUAUAUCUAUUGAAGCAGUGUUCAUUACAAAUUAAAAUCAAAUACACAUUUA